AUGUCAUUGAUUACCCUCACUGAACAUUCGGCAUGGAAAAAAUCAAUUGAAAGUAUUGUUUUUUGUAGGUAUACGAUGAACUGCUCGAAGAUCCUUGCUAACUGCGCUGCAGUUCUUAAACGAACUGUUUUGACAAGACAAUUCAGUUCACAUCCACUUGCUGGUCUUUUGGGUCGUUUAAAUCAUGUUGCCAUUGCAACACCUGAUCUUGAGAAAUCAGCAAAAUUUUAUGAAAAUCUUGGUGGAAAAGUCAGCGAAAAAGUGCCUCAACCAGAGCAUGGCGUAUACACGGUCUUUGUGGAAUUACCAAACGCAAAACUAGAAUUAUUACAUCCACUUGGAGAGAAAAGUCCAAUUCAAGCAUUCCUUAACAAGAAUAAGGAGGGUGGUAUGCAUCACAUUUGCAUCGAAGUGAAUCAAAUUGAAAAGGCUGGUUCACAUUUGAUUCCCUUUUGGAGUCGAACGUUUCAGGCGGUAGCUGAAGUAAAGAAGCUUGGCAUCAGAACGUUAGCGAAAGAAACAAAAAUUGGUGCACAUGGUAAACCAGUAAUGUUUUUGCAUCCGAAAGAUUGUGGUGGCGUAUUAAUCGAACUUGAACAAGAAUGA